AUGAGUUUAUGGGAGCUGGGAGUGGGAGAGUUACUGGGGUGGGGAGUUGGGGAUAAGUUACUGGGAGCUGGGGAGUGGGAUGAGUUACUGGGAGCUGGGAGUGUGGAUGAGUUACUGGGAGCUGGGGAGUGGGAUGAGUUACUGGGAGCUGGGGAGUGGGAUGAGUUACUGGGAGCUGGGGAGUGGGAUGAGUUACUAGGAGCUGGGGAGUGGGAUGAGUUACUAGGAGCUGGGGAGUGGGAUGAGUUACUGGGAGCUGGGGAGUGGGAUGAGUUACUGGGAGCUGGGGAGUGGGAUGAGUUACUGGGAGCUGGGGAGUGGGAUGAGUUACUAGGAGCUGGGGAGUGGGAUGAGUUACUAGGAGCUGGGGAGUGGGAUGAGCUACUGGGAGCUGUAGAAAGUAAGAAACAGAAAGUUACAUUCUCGUGCAUAACAUUAUUAUUCUCCCGCAGUUACGACGCGCGGAACGGAGAUUUCUGGCGUGCCGGAAACUCGAAGAUCCGGGACGCUGCGUACGACGGACGUGUCUCCUUGAACCUGACACAGCCGCAGCGGGUUCACCUGAACCUGCAGCGUGUAACCUUGAACGACGAAGGUGACUUCACCUGCAGGGUGGACUUUCUGAGUUCCCCGUCACUCACAUCCUUAGUCAAGCUAAAAGUCUAUGCUAACCCCAGUAUAGGCCCCACCGUGAAGAUGUUGGGGCGGGGACUCCACGAAGCCUCAGUCAUUUUACGUUCUGAAGUGGGUCCUUUCCAUGAAGGAGAGAUGCUCAACUUAUCGUGCACCGUAAUUGGUGGUUCCCCAGCACCAAGUGUGACGUGGUGGCAGGCUGAGAAGCUCCUGGACAAUACCAGUUACGUGGUCAGCAGCAGCAGCAGCAGCAGCGGUGCUCCUCCCCACACCGUGAACGAGGUCACUGUGGGACCUCUCACACCAGAGAUAGUUCAAGUGCCUCUCACAUGUAGGUCGAAGAACAACCCUCUCUCUCCUCCAAUGGAGCGAACAUUCCAUCUUAAAAUACACAUGGCACCACAGAGCGUGGAGCUGUUGGAAGCAAGGAGUGUUCGGGCAGGUGUUGAGGAACUCCUGGAGUGCAAGGCCCGAGGUGCCUACCCGGAGGCCAACAUCACUUGGACGUUGGAUGGCAAGAAACUCAACUUCACUGCGAAAGAGACGCGGCAGGUCGGGAGCGACACUGUGUCUUGGGUUAAGUUCGUUGUCACACCAAAGGAAAACGGAGCAGUGCUGUCGUGUACCGCAUCCUCCUCCACGUUACCUGAUCCACCAGUCUCCACCAACACUACUCUCAAUGUUACUCAUGCUCCGCUGGUCCGCCUGCAGCUGGGAGCAUCGCUGAGACCACAACACAUCCGUCAAGGGGAUGACGUCUACUUCGACUGCCAGGUGGUGGCCAACCCUGCAAUACAGCGCAUCACCUGGUACAAGGAGGAGAUGGAGGUUCGACACCACAAGACAGCGGGGGUGCUGGUGGGAGGCACCAACCUGGUGUUACAGAGUGUACAACGACCAGACGCUGGCGUCUACACCUGUACCGCUACCAACGCUGUAGCUACUUCCCGUAGCAACCCUCUGGUGCUCAGUAUACAAUAUGGGCCGAUGUGCGCGCAGGAGCGAGUGACUGUGACGGCAGUGGAGGGGGAGGUAGUGACGCUGCAGUGUACCGUGGACGCAUACCCAACUAACGUCACCUUCUACUGGCUUUUUAACAACACGGUCGACUCCACACGCUUCAGGCCCGGUGAGUACACGGUAGCAGGUUCGGUGUCACGACUUCGCUACGUGGCGUAUUCUGCGAGGGACUACGGUACUGUGUUCUGCUGGGCCUCCAACAUCGUGGGUCAACAGAAGGAUCCUUGUGCCUUCACUCUUCAGCCAGCAGGUGCACCAGACAGUGUGAGAGACUGUGUGUUAACCAAUCAGUCAGCUGGGUCACUACACGUCACCUGCCAACCAGGAGCAGAUGGCGGUCUUACCCAAACCUUCAGAGCUGAAGUAUACACGGGGGGAUCGGCCAAACCAGUGAGGGUCUUGGAAGGAAUGUCUCCUGUUUUCUCCUUGGAGGGACUUGCCCCUGGAGGAGACUACGUAGUUACCUUAACUGCCAUCAACCGCAAGGGCGCCUCUCCCCCCGUCUCCCUGGAAGCAUUCACCCUUAAAGUAGCAGAGAACAGGAUGAUUUCUGGUGUGUCGAGCAGCCAACCAGAGCCGGAGGACAGUGCUACUGCUGGCGAAGUGUCAUCACUCUUUGCAGUGUUUUGGGGCGUUUUAGGAGUCUUUGUUCUUCUGGCCGCAGCUGCUGUCUUCAUCACCUGUCGUCACUGUUCCCGAGGGACUGGCCUUACCUCUGAUUUGGUAGUUGGACAAGAGUUGGAGGUGAAGGGAGAAUGUAGCGAGCUCAUGACCGGCCACAAGAAUGAACUCAUCGACAGUCAUGAACUGAACGAGACUGAUCCAUUCCUGGGAACGUCAGAGUGCAGUACUGGAACGGCGUCCACACCAGCCAGCACGGGCGGAGGUGCUGUGUUUACUAUCCCUGCCCACAUACCUCCCCCGCCACAAUAUUGUUCUGCUUCGUGUAACGACCUGUCGCCCACCCAGCACGCACUACAGCACACUUCUGGCCCCCAGUACACUGUUUCAUGCUCUUCGAGUAGUCAGCAUACACUGCCGCGCUCCUCGGAAAGUCUGCACUCGCUGCACAAUUCUCCAGUCAUCCAGCACACAUUUCGAAGAUCAUCUACAUUACAUCACUGUCUGCAGCGCUCUUCCUCGUUGGAUUACGAUGCAGGGCACACCGUGGGCUCUCAGCAUUGUCUAGCCAGGGCAUCGCCACCUCCUAUUAAGCAUCACGGAAUUCCUGCUACAUUCUCUUUUCAGCAUCCUACCCACGCCCAGAUUAUCUACACAACGGGGACAGAUGCCGCUCUGCAGCGGCCACCGGAAACUCCUCAGGUACACCAGCCGGCCGCUAUACACUAUGUGCAGCCUCAUCCAGGUGUAGGGGGCGACACCCCACCCUCCAUUGCCACCACAUACAUGAGCGCCCCCACUGCCACUCUGCAUACGUCGCAUCACGUGGGUCUAGGGACCAUACAAAGCCAACUAGGGGAAGGAGCACAUCUUCAGAUGACUUUAGCGUUACAGGGGAGUACAGAGUACAGAGGAGAACCCUCUAAUAUAAACUCUAGUCCCAAGAACAGAAGCAGGCACGUCACCUGGACCGGUGGGACUGUUCACGGAGCGGAAAGUGCUGUGUAGCCACCUCAUGGCUUGUGUGUAAGUGUCACUGCUGAUGCUGCCCGGCACACGGCAGCUGUAUCAUUUCCUGUGUCCCGUGACGCAGACAUCCAAGUGUUACAUCGUAUAAUGAUAAACACUAAUUAACGAAACAUCACAAGCAUAUUCUU